GCACUGCUGUGUUGGUGUGCCUGUGUUGUACAGUUGAUACGGUAACUGAAGAAACAUCAAACCCGACUGUCCGGCCUCGCUGCCUGGCAGCUGCAGCCGAAAAUUUAACAUUUUCUCUGAUGGCGUUUGGGGAACAAACAACGAUUUAUCUUGAGACCUAUUGCUUUGACUGCUCCGAUUCUAAACCGUAUAUUUUUGAUAGGAAAAUGAAGUUCAGUGACUCCCCUCAGUUUCAAGCAGCAUCCGAUGGAUUUCUCUCACAGCUGUCGGUUCUCCGCAUCGGGCAGGCCGAUGCAGCACUUCCCACUGAUGCGGCCUCAUUUUAUGGAUUCUGACAUGGACUAUGAGAGGCCUAAUGUCGAGACUAUCAAGUGCGUGGUGGUUGGGGACAACGCAGUUGGAAAGACGCGGCUCAUCUGUGCCCGGGCCUGUAAUGCCACUCUCACACAGUACCAGUUGCUGGCCACACAUGUGCCCACUGUUUGGGCCAUAGAUCAGUACAGAGUCUGCCAGGAGGUUCUAGAAAGGUCCAGGGAUGUGGUGGAUGAUGUCAGUGUGUCUUUGCGUCUCUGGGACACCUUUGGCGACCAUCACAAGGACCGUCGGUUUGCGUAUGGCAGGUCUGAUGUGGUGGUAUUGUGCUUCUCCAUUGCAAACCCAAACUCCCUUUACCAUGUGAGGACCAUGUGGUACCCUGAGAUCAAGCAUUUCUGUCCCAGAGCUCCUGUUAUCUUAGUGGGCUGUCAACUAGACCUGCGAUAUGCUGACUUGGAGGCUGUGAACCGAGCUCGACGUCCUUUGGCUAGACCCAUUAAAUCCAAUGAGAUACUGGCCCCAGAGAAAGGCCGUGAAGUGGCUAAGGAGCUGGGUGUCCCUUAUUAUGAGACAAGCGUCGUUGCUCAGUUCGGAGUUAAGGACGUUUUUGACAAUGCUAUACGUGCAGCCCUCAUUUCCCGUCGUCAUCUGCAGUUUUGGAAGUCGCAUUUACGAAAUGUUCAAAGACCCCUCCUCCAAGCCCCCUUCCUUCCUCCCAAACCCCCUCCACCCAUUAUCACGGUCCCUCCCCCUCCGAGUAACAUCGAAGAGCACCCUAGCCGCCUACUAGAGGACCCACUAUGUGCAGACGUCAUCUUAGUCCUGCAGGAACAUCACAGGAUCUUCGCUCACCGCAUUUACCUCGCCACUUCCUCCUCGAAGUUCUACGACCUGUUCUUGACCGAACCUCGGGGCUCUGAGGAGAACGACGGGGAGCGACCCAGAGGUCCGCCACUUUCUGGUCGUGAUCUGUUUAUGCGGGCAGCUAGUUUCGACGUUAGCGAGAGCAACGGUGACGGAGAUAAAGCCAACUUGCGUGCCUGCACCAGUGAUGGAACUCUUAAGGGCGGAGAUGGAGAUCGCCGCGGUCGCCUGCUCCCUGCUUUGAGCCGUGCUUUCAUCAGCAUCCAGGAAGAAACUGUAGAUGACCCUGUCACCUUUAACCCUAGAAGGGUGACUGUGGUGCACAUGGACCCUUCGAUGCAGCCCGGUCCUUUUCACUCGGUGUUGCGAUACCUAUACACGGGUAAACUAGAUGAGCAUGAGAAGGAGCUGAUGCAGGUGGCUCACAUUGCAGAACUGCUGGAAGUAUUUGACCUGCGCAUGAUGGUGGCUAACAUCCUGAACGAUGAAGCCUUCAUGAAUCAAGAGAUCACCAAGGCCUUUCAUGUGAGACGCACCAAUCGAGUGAAAGAAUGCCUGGCCAAAGGGACAUUCUUUGAUGUGGUGUUCAGGUUGGAUGAUGGCACUAUCAAGGCCCAUAAACCGCUGCUUAUCUCAAGCUGUGAUUGGAUGGCGGCCAUGUUUGGUGGACCAUUUGUGGAGAGUUGUACAAAAGAGGUGCUAUUUCCUAACACCACACGUAGCUGUAUGCGUGCUGUGCUGGAGUAUCUGUAUACCGGACGCUUCUGCUCUCGUCCAGAUCUGGACGCCAUGGAGCUUAUUGUGCUCGCAAACCGUCUCUGUCUACCUCAUCUGGUGGCACUCACAGAGUUAUACACUGUGACAGUACUAACAGAGGCUGCCAUGAUGGGAGCUGAUAUAGAUGGAGAUGUUCUGCUCUACCUGGAUAUGGCUCAGUUUCACUGUGCCCAUCAGUUGACUGACUGGUGCCUUCACCACAUCUGCACCAACUAUAACAGAGUCUGUCGCAAAUUCCCUCGUGACAUGAAGGCUAAAUCUACAGAAAACCAAGUGUACUUUGAGAAGCAACGCUGGCCUCCAGUGUGGUAUCUGAAGGAAGAAGAUCAUUAUCAGCGAGCUCGUAAGGAGCGUGACAAAGAAGAUUAUUUGUACCAAAAGCGCCAGUGUAAACGCAAGUGGCUCUUCUGGAACCUACCGUCCUCACCUUCCUCCAAUUCUCCAUCUUCUCCGGGUUCCUCCGCAGUCGUCUGAUUGGCUCUCAGGGUGCACGACCCACCUUACAAUCCAAAAAUGGGAUUUAAGCAAAGGUUUAUACGGCAUGAGUCCACAUUUUCUGUAGAAAAUACCCAAGCCCUGCCUGUUGCAGCUGCUGAGGAAGAAAAAGCAAAAAUGCAACGAUGAAGACAGUUAGUUUAAACAACACCGGGCGUAUUGUUGAAUCUCUCUACAUUAUUCAUGAGAUUUUUAGAGAUCAAACUAGCUUUGACAUCCUUCUGUGACAUCACAGUCUUCAUCACAAACCAAGCUACAAGUGUAUAGAAAACACUUUGACUGCAUACAAGUUAUAAUGCUGUCGAAGUGCUUUUAAGCUCUAAAGAACAAGAUAGCAGGAACAUUUUUAAGCAAACAGUGAAGAAGAUGAAUUAUUUAGUGAUCUACAAUCAAACCACUUCUCCAGAGCGAUGUUCUCAUAAUGUAAAAUUUAAAUGCUCCUAAAGUUUAAAAGAACUGAGUCAGAUCCAUAUGAAAUCUGAAUGGGUUUAAAGCAGGGGUGGGCAUUCCUGGGCCUGGAGGGCCACAGUCCUGCAGAGUUUAGCUCCAACCCUAAUUGGAAUGCCCACCCCUGGUAUAUAGGAAUGUUACGGGUUCAAUAUAACUUACGUUCUAUCAACAGCAUCAGUGGCAUGAUUUGGCUAUGUUCGCUUCCUUCUUUUAAAGGGAUAUUCCAUCGUUUUGUCAUAUUUAACUAUGUUAUCUCCUUAACUAAAAAGAGUUGAUACAUAGCUCUAUCAUAGUACGUGCACAUAAAGGAAUAGUCUACUCAUUUUCAAUAUUAAAAUAUGUUAUUACCUUAACUAAGAAGAGUUGAUACAUCCCUCUAUCAUCUUAGUGCGUGCACGUAAGCGCUGGAGCGCGCUGCGACACUUCGAUAGCAUUUAGCUUAGCCCCAUUCAUUCAAUGGUACCACUCAGAGAUAAAGUUAGAAGUGACCAAACACAUCAACGUUUUUCUUAUUUAAGACGAGUAGUUAU